AUGUCUGCCACGAAGCCCAUCAUUGUAUACGUUCUUGGGGGUGGCCCAAACCCAUUCAAGGUUUUGAUCACCCUGGAAGAGCUCGGCAUCCCGUAUGAGAAAGUCCAGGUCGACGACGUCAAGAGCGAGGCCUUUCUUAAGCUAAACCCCAACGGCCGCGCCCCUGUCAUCAUCGAUCCCAACAACGAGAAUUUCACCCUCUGGGAAUCGGGCGCCAUUGUCGAGUAUCUCGUCGAGACAUAUGAUAUACUUAACCAUUUGACUUUGGAGGACCGUAAGAGCAAAUGGCUGCUCCAACAGUACCUGCAUUUCCAAAUGUCAGGGCAGGGUCCCUACUACGGACAGGCGGUGUGGUUCUACAGGCAAACCGAAGACAUCCCAACAGCCAAACAAAGGUAUAUUGAGCAGGUUUUGAGGGUGUUUGGGGUCUUGGACAACAUCCUCAAGGAUCAAGAGUAUCUGGUCGGCGGCAAAUUCACCUAUGCCGACCUCUCCUUCAUUCCGUGGAAUCGAGUAGCUCUCGAGGCUCCGUUCUUCAAAGACGAGCUCUGGGAGAAGCACGAAAUCAGAAAACGAUUUCCCAAAUUUUUAGCGUGGUAUGAACGCCUCAAUGCUCGGCCGUCUGUCAAAGCGGCUUACGGAGCAUAA